AAACUGGUGUUGAGUAGAGCGAAAGUGAAGAGAACCCGAUUCAAUUUCUGUGCUGAGAAAAUACAGUGUCAUAGCCAUAGCCAUAGCAUUUUUCCAGUUUCCGAUCAAACUGAAUGCACAGAAACCAAUAACCAACAAAACCAUGUUGUGGAGUCUCGCCGUUGCUCGGAACAAAACCGUCCAACUUUUCCGCCACAAAAACCUCCCUCUCCUCCUCCGCCACCGCAGCUUCUCCACCACAGGUCUCUACGGCAUCCCUCAUUUGAAAUCCCCAAAAGGAUUCCAACCUUUCGUAGAUGAAGCCAUUCAACGGUCUGGAGAACUUGUUAAUUACAUUUCUUCCAAGCCGUCUGCUUCCGAACUCAUGCGAGCAAUGGAUGAGAUUUCAGACACUGUUUGUUCUGUUGUUGACUCUGCUGAAUUGUGCAGGCAAACCCAUCCAAACAGGGAGUUUGUUGAGGAGGCUGACAAGGCAGCGAUGAAAAUUAAUGAAUAUCUACAUUAUCUGAACACAAGCCAUGAUGUCUAUGAUGCGCUGAAGAAAGCUGAGCAAGAAUGUCAUAUGCUUUCUGCAGAAGCUCAAAGGGGAAUUAAAAGCUUACGUGUUGAAAUGGAAAGGGGUGGAAUUCAUCUUUGCCCUGAGACAUUAGAUCGAGUGAACAAACUAGAUAUUGGAAUUUCUCACCUAUGCAGAGAGUACAAUCAAAAUAUUGUCACAGACCCAGGAACUGUUGAUAUAUAUCCUGCAUCUCGCAUCCCCAAAAAUUUGCAUCAUCUUUUCAAGCCUAUCUAUAAAUCGGAACCUUUAAUAACUAAGGAUAUAUCAGAGUCCAAGGACACCGUCAAAGAGAAAGGAUUUCGAAUUACAACUGAUCCACGAACUCUUGAUUCUGUGCUGCAGUUGUCGUCGGAUGAUGAGAUUAGGAAAAUGGUAUAUAUACAAGCAAAUUCUGUUCCACAUGCAAAUGUUGAUGUCCUCAAAAGGCUUAUAUCUGCUCGACAUGAGCAAGCUCAGAUACUGGGGUGUGGAUCUUAUGCAGAACUUGCUGUUAAGUCCAACAUGGCUUCAUCACCGAAAGUUGUAAUGUCAUUUUUACAUGAAAUGAGCAAGAUGGUCCAGGCUAAGUCUACAGAGGAGCUCAACUUACUUACAAAAUUCAAGAGAGAAAAAUGCGGUCAGAAUAAUGGAGAUUUAAGGCCGUGGGAUGAAGCCUAUUACACGACAAUGAUGAAGUCAUCUGUUUAUAAAUUGGAUUCUUUGGUUGCAGCGUCAUAUUUUUCUUUGUCAAACUGUAUUGAGGGUUUGAAGGUUCUGGUGAAUUCAUUGUUUGGUGUUAUCUGUCACAGAAUCCCUCUUGCACCUGGUGAAUCUUGGGAUCCUCAAGUGCUUAAACUGUGUCUUCAUCAUCCUGAGGAGGGUGACUUGGGAUAUCUCUACCUCGAUUUGUACUCAAGAAAGGGGAAGUAUCCUGGCUGUGCUCAUUUUGCAAUUAAAGGGGGUCGCAGAAUUUCUCAAACAGAAUACCAACUUCCUAUCGUGGCUCUUGUUUGUAAUUUUUCAGGUUCAAGGAAUCCAUCAGCGGUAAGGCUUAAUCACUCAGAAGUGGAAACCCUAUUUCAUGAGUUUGGACAUGCUCUUCAUUCACUACUUUCAAGAACGGACUACCAACAUUUUUCAGGCACAAGAACGGUUCUGGAUUUUGCAGAAAUACCGUCGAACCUCUUUGAAUACUAUGCAUGGGAUUAUAGAGUUUUGAAAACAUUUGCUAGACACUAUUCAACGGGUGAUGCAAUCCCUGAGAAAUUGGUCGAGUCAAUGCUGGGUGCCAAAAAUAUGUUUGCUGCAACUGAUCUGCAACGUCAGAUCUUCUAUGCCCUAGCUGACCAGACACUACAUGGUGAGCAGCCACACCCUCUUGGUGAUGUUAGUUCUGUUCUUGCAGAACUGAAAAGAAAACAUACCAAUCUGGAACAUAUAGAAGGCACACACUGGGAGGCCCGAUUUAGUCAUCUCCUUAAUUAUGGCGCAGGGUAUUAUAGCUAUUUGUAUGCCAAAUGUUUUGCUGCAACUAUAUGGAAGAAGGUUUGCAAGGAGGAUCCGUUAUCACCAAUUGCAGGCAAUGCUUUAAGAACAAAAUUCUUACAGCAUGGAGGAGCCAGAGACCCAGCUGUUAUAUUAAAUGAUCUAGUACCUGAUGGUAUAUAUAGGUCUUAUAAUGGAGGGAUAAUCCCUGAUAUUUCAAGUCUAUGUGAGGAAAUGGAACUCAUGGAAGAAAAUCAGAAAAAAGUACAUUUGUUGUGAGUUUUUAAGAAAAAAUUGGAUAGGACCCAACAAGAACUGAGCAAAAGAGAUAUCAUCGACAGAAGCGCGUUGCAAAUGAAGUAGCCCUUUACUGGACUGAACUGAGUUCUGCUGGAGUCAUAUGUGAUUGGUAGCAUCCAGAAGUUGAGCAAACAGUCCAGAUCUCAGAUUUAUUUUCUUGACGCCCCAUUCCGAAUUUCCUUCAAUCAAAAUUUGUAGGCCUUAUUUAGGAUAGGGUCUUUGUGUCUAUUCUCAUGGUCGUUUUAUAUGAAGAAAAAACUAGACUAGCGUUUGAGAAUCCAUUAUUGGCACAAUUUCACUUGUCAAUUACAUGCAUUCUCACAUGAGAAGAAAUCAAUUUGACCUUUAUCGCCUCACAUUUAAAACAGAGGUUGGAAAUGUAGCAAAUUUUUGCAUAUAUGUCAUAUUUAUUAUUGAACCACAUAUUGGAAAUGUUAGUCCCUCACGAUUUUAACUGUUACUUUGCUUA